UAUGUAUAAAUUCUAUAUUCUUAGAAUAACUAUAUGAUUUAUACUCUCAAAGCAUUUGUGAAAUGUUAAGAGUAUUUUUAAGCGAAAUAAAUAAACUUGAUAUAUACUAGACAAAAGUAUGUAAAAACUAUUAAUGUUUAUUUACGAUAGGAAUAUCAAAUAUUUAGAAAGAUUGCGCAUCUCGGUAAAGUCAAGUCCUACAUAUUUCCCCUAGAAAAACGCCUGUCAUCCUUCGGUUACUAGAUUCAGGCAUGAAGAAUAAUGAAUUAUUCUUCUUUUUUUCUAAUGUUUACUUGUGAGGGUAAAAACAAUCUGAUAGUAUAUGUAGAUCAAAAGGAAAGUUAAAUAUGGGAAAAACAACGAAAGUAGUUGUUUGUGGAAUGAAAGGAGUAGGCAAGACAGCGUUAUUGGAACAGCUCAUAUAUGGAAACGUCAAUGUCAAGACAGAAAUUCAUCCAACAAUCGAGGAUAUUUAUGUUGCGAACAUAGAAACAGACCGUGGUACUAAAGAAAAAGUACGGUUUUAUGACACGGCAGGACUAGAAUCUCUUCAGAGUAAUGCAAAUAACCAGCAACUACCCCGGCAUUAUCUUGGUUUUGCUGAUGGUUAUGUAUUAGUUUAUGACACUGCGAAGCCAGAAUCCUUAGAUGUACUUUUCCCAUUGAAGAAAGACAUUGACAAAAAUAAAGAUAAGAAAGAAAUAACUGUGAUCGUUGUUGGAAACCGAACAAAAGCUGAAGAAGAUUCUCACAGUUUGGAGAAUACAGCGAGUAAGGCUGCAAAUUGGUGUACUAGAGAAAAACUGAAACAUUAUGAAGUAAACGUUAUGGACAGAGUUAGCUUGUUCGAAGCGUUUGUUCAUCUUUCUUCUAGACUAAAUCCUCCUACUAAUAAGAGUACCUUCCCACAAUUGAGUAUGGGUAGAAAAACUGUGAAAGUAGAAGGACCUUAAUACGUAUAUCAAUAUUACAAGUCACUUUUUGUUAGAAAAUAAUGUGUGAUAAACUAAUGUAAUUAUAGACCACUGUAAACUGGUCUAUAGUAUACUAUUUUUAAGUUAACAUGACAAUUUCAUGUUUUAGAGCAUGUGAAACAAUUAUAAUCCCAUAUGGGAAAUUUAAGGUACCAGAUGUACAUGACAUUGGCAGCAAAUGUUAGUCUUAUUUAUUUGUGAUUUGUCACUAGUAUUAUCAGUUAUCAAUUUCAAUGGCAUUUAUGUAAUUAUUGAUAUUGACUUUUUUAUUAAUAUGCUCAAAUUAUUUUUAUCAAAAAUAAGUAUACGUUAUACACGUAUUAUGUACUUAAAAUAUCCGUUUGUUUAGGCACUAGUAAUACUGCGUAACGCGGUAAAUAGCUUUAUUAAUCUAGAUCUGGUCCUGUUCUUCGUUUUGUUCCUUUUUUGUACUUAAAGCUAUUAUCUUCGAUAAAUUAAUGUU